AUUAAGUCCCUCACUUUAUCUCGGACUCACAGCAAAGAUGGACCACGGAGACCGCUACACCUCAUCAUCCUACCGGAAGAUUUUCGGGGAUUCUCCCAGGUUUUCCGCCUCCUCCUACCGCAUGAGCAGCUCCUCUCCCCGGGGCUCACCGGGGCUCCGGGCUGCGUCGUCCCGCAACAGCUCGACCUCCAUGAGUCUGUUCAGGAGGGUCGGCCGCACCUCCACCUCCUUCUCCCCAAUGACGAUGACCGACUCCCUGGACCUGAGCCAGACCUCUGUGGCCAACAAUGAACUCAAAGUCAUCAGAACUAACGAGAAAGAGCAGCUGCAGGGUCUGAAUGACCGCUUUGCCAUGUUCAUCGAUAAAGUGCGUAACCUGGAGCAGCAGAACAAAGUGUUGGAGAUGGAGCUGGUGACCCUGAGGCAGAAACACGGGGAGCCGUCCCGCGUCACUCUUCUCUACCAGCAGGAGUUGAGAGACCUGAGGUCCCAGGUGGAGGAGCUGAACCGAGACAAGAACCACAUUCUGAUCGAGAGGAACAACAUGGAGGACGAGCUGCAGAAGCUCGCAGUGAAGUAUGAGGAGGAGAUGAGGACCCGGGAGGAAGCUGAGCAGACUUUGAGGGCCUUCAGGAAGGACAUAGAUGAUGCUGCCGCCGUCCGCCUGGACCUGGAGCGCCGCGUGGAGUCCCUGAUGGACGAGAUCUCCUUCCUGAGGAAAGUACACGAUGAGGAAAUCCAGGAGCUGAGCAGCUUGAUGGACGCGCAGCAGGUCUCUGUGGAGCUGGAGCUCGCCAAACCGGACCUCACCUCCGCUCUGAAGGAGAUCCGCAACCAGUACGAGUCCAUCGCCUCCAAAAACCUGCAGUCAGCUGAGGAGUGGUACAAGAGCAAGUUUGCCAGCCUGAGCGAGCAGGCCACCAGGAGCAACGAGGCCAUGAGGGCGAGCCGGGAGGAGAUGAGCGAGUUCAGGAGGCAGCUGCAGUCCAAGACCAUCGAGAUCGAGACCCUGAGGGGCGCCAACGAGUCUCUGGAGAGGCAGAUCGCAGAGAUGGAGGAUGCGCACCACACUGAAGUCACAUCCAUGCAGGACACUAUUGGCCACCUGGAUGGUGAGCUGAGGAACUUGAAGGGUGAGAUGGCUCAGCACCUGAGAGAGUAUCAGGACCUGCUCAAUGUGAAGAUGGCCCUGGACAUCGAGAUCGCUGCCUACAGGAAACUUCUGGAAGGGGAGGAGACUCACUUUAACUCAGGGAUGUCGUUUGGUGCAGCGACAUACAGCUACCAGCCUCGGGGCUCCAUCGGCUCCUCCAGGAGCAGCCAGAGGGAGAAAGAAGGAGCCACGAAGGAGAGCUUCAAGGAGAGCCGUGAGGAUAAGGACGAGGCUGACAUCAACUCCAACAACUGACGAGAGACACAGACAGAGAUCUGGAGGGUGAAAGAGGGAAUAUACUUUAUAUGUGUUAUGAUUUUAUUAGCAACACUAAUGCAAAUAUUUCAGAAUUAGAGCUUUAAGUCAGUACUUUGGGUGAUUAUCAAUGUUUUAUGGUUGGAAGAUACUUCAAUGUAGAACUAAAUGAGACAGAUUUCCAGGUCUCUGCAGGUUUCUGUGUAGAGGACACAUUGUCUCAAGACAAAAGAAAUAUGCAUUUACUUCAAAUUAAAUAACAAAAGUACUAUAAGAAAACAAAUAUGUGACCAAAUACUGAAUGUUGCAGUGUUGAAUUUUAUUUAUGCUGCUGUGUGUGACUGAACUGAAUUCUGUGUAAAAGGCGAGCAAAAAACUAAAUCAGAGGUCAAAUUGAAUUUCCCCUCACGGGAUCAAUAAAGAAUAUAUCAAAUUCUCUUUAAAAGACAAAA